UUGAUAUUAAAAUGAAUUACUUCGGUCUGUAUUAAUCUUUUUGUUCAUAAAUGACUCUUUACAUUUUGCACAUAAUGGUAUAGUUCAAAGCAAGCACUGAACAAUAACAAAAUGGCUACCAACUUUAGUGCCUCACAGACACAAGAAUCUGAUGAAGUGCAAGAAAUGUAUUUUGAAGAAUGUGAAAAACAUGACGACAGGUUGAUUCUGUGUGGACUGUGUGGAGUAUUUAUGUGCUAACUGCUUUAAAUAUAAUAGGAGACACUGAACAAUAAUAAAAUGGGUAAUAAGAACACAAUGCCUACCAACGUUAGUGCUCCGCUGACACAAGACUCUGAUGAAGUGCAGGAAAUCUAUUGUGAGGAAUGCGAAAAAUAUGAAGACAGGUAUGCACCUGCAGACGGAUUCUGUGUCGACUGUGUGGAGUAUAAAUGUGUGGACUGUCUUAGAAACCAUAGGAGAAAUCAUAAAAACCAUACAAUUGUAGAUAAGAACAAUAUGCCACAAGAUUUUUACUUCAUAAAGUAUUCAGCUCAUUCUAAAGAGCUUAUAACGUUUUACUGUUCUGAAUGUGAAAAAGGCGCAUGUCAAGUGUGUAAGAAUAAUGAUCAUAAAAAUGGUAGAAAUGUAUCUCACAUGCCAACACUUGUUAAAGACAUACAUUUUUUUUCGGAGAUAAAGUACCAAUUUAAAUAUGACUCAAGUUUAUGUCUCCUAAAUGAAAACACACUUCUGGCAACUGAUUACGGGAGCUGUUCUCUUAUCAUAUUUAAAAUUACGAAGACUACUUCACAAUGCUAUGAUACAAUAAAAACGCUCUCAAUACCUUGGGACAUUACAAAAGUUGCAGACAAUAAAGUUGCUGUUACAUUUCCAAAUGAAAGACUAUUAGGUGAAAAAAUGAUCGAACUGAUUACAUUUUCCGAUUCAAUGUCUGUGGUCGAUUCUCAUUACAUAAGUGUCAGUCAACCGUAUUAUGGUAUUGCGUACAGUAAUAAAACUUUGAUAGUCAGUAAUGAGGAGAAUGAAAAUGUUCAAAUACUGGACAUGUCUGGUCAUAUUAUUAAAACUAUUGGGAAAGAUCAUAAUGGUAAGCCUCUGUUUACCGCACCUAUUCACCUGGCAGUCAGUCCAGACAAUAAAACCAUAUAUGUGUCUGACUGGGAUAGACACACUGUGACGAGUAUUACUUUCGAUGGUAAGAUCAAGGCCAUUUACAAGGAUGAUAAGUUGGCACAGCCAAGUCAGCUGACAGUAGAUGAUUCAGGGACAGUAUAUGUGUGUGGGAGUGCGUCACACAAUGUCCAUCAAUUAUCAUCUGACCUCACCAAAGUGAAGAUCCUGCUGAAUGAAAGUCAUGGAAUGAAUCGACCAGUGAGUGUUGCUUACUGCAAGGGUAACAACAGACUGUAUGUAGGAAUGUGGAACAGCAACAUUAAAGUGUUUAACCUGAAAUAAAACACUUGCUAUACCAUCACAAUGAGUGCAAUUUUCAGUCAAUCCAUUUAGUUCAUUUCAGCAAUAUCUGUUAUUAAAAGCAUUUCUCUUUUUACACUGUUACUAUAAUAUAGUACUUUUGAACCAUAAAACCAUUUAUACAAUGUAAUAUAAUACGGUGAGAUGUUCAUGAUUAUGAUAU